AUGACAUCCUUUCAAAGUAAUUCUGAGACUGUUACAGCUGGAAAUAACAUGGAGAUGACUGGCCCAAUAAAUAACGAUCAACAGCAGCAAAAUUAUAGUGAAGCAUUGUUGGAUCCAAUUUUCAGUGGCCCGUCAGGCCCCACAUUAGAAUUCGUACCUGCACAUCUUUCUAAAGAACAAAGUACAGUCCCAGUAGAUUAUUGUUCAGAUUAUUCUGUACACUGA